CCGCCCAAAACCCUAAACACAUUCUCUCUCCCCUUCUGCCUCUCCUCUGCUUUCUCAAUCGCAGCUCAGGGCUCCGACAGGGAGUGUACUUCGAGCGACGAGGAGGAGGUGGGGGAGGAGGAGCAGGAGUUGACUGCUAGGGUUCCGCGAGGAUGGUGGGAGACAACGGGAAGAAGAUGAAGGUGGCGGAGAAAAGCGAGGAGGACAACCACCACAACUGCUCUGAGCUGCUAGACGGGGAGCUCGUCCUUUCCAUCGAGAAGCUCCAGGAGGUCCAGGAUGAGUUGGAGAAGAUCAAUGAGGAAGCUAGUGACAAGGUUUUGGAAGUGGAGCAGAAGUACAAUGAGAUACGCAAGCCUGUCUAUGAUCAGAGGAAUGAAAUCAUCAAGUCUAUCCCUGACUUUUGGUUAACUGCAUUUCUGAGCCAUCCUUCUCUUAGUGAACUUUUGACGGAGGAGGAUCAUAAGAUAUUCAAAUACCUAAGCUCCUUGGAAGUAGAGGACUCUAAAGAUGUGAAAUCGGGUUUCUCCAUAACCUUUCACUUCAACCUGAACCCGUAUUUUGAAGAUACAAAGCUCACAAAAACUUUUACCUUCCUUGAUGAAGGAACUACAAAGAUUACUGCCCCAUCAAUUAAGUGGAAGGAGGGCAUGGGGCUAGUUAAUGGAGUCAAUCAUAAGAAGAAAGGGAACAAGCGGCCGUUGUCUGAUGAAAGCUUCUUUCAGUGGUUUAAGGAUGAUGCUGCUCUUGAUGCCAUUAGUGAUGAGGUUGCCGAGAUUAUCAGGGAGGACUUGUGGGCGAAUCCCCUUACUUAUUUCAACAAUGAGGCUGAUGAGGAGCUUGAAAGUGAUGAAGAGGGAGGAGAGGGCGAUGAUGGUUCGGAAGAUGAUGACGCAGAUGAUGGUGAAGAAGGAGAUGAUGAGGAGGAUGAAGAUUAGAAGCGAACUGAAUGAAGCUUUCCUUAGAGCAUCGAAACCUCUACCGUGUUUCGAGAAUAGGCAUGUAAAGUGGGUCCAUAGCAGUCAGAUCUUAUCGAAAGUAAACUCUCAUACUAUUUUUGUGGUGGCUUAGAGAACCAAGUGGGGAACUACCAUACUUUUAGUCAGAGCCGGGCUUUUUCUCUAAUAGGUUGAAGCUAAUUAUUCUUCUGUUUUAUUGAGGUAUUUUGUCCUAUGACAUAGAUUUCUGUUGUUUCUUCCUGAAAUGUGCUUUCUUGGAUGAAGAUCUGGUCUUGCACCAAAGAAGAAGAUGAAUUUUAGUGUGA